GCACAUACCUUUUCAUGUACACACACUCACACACAGCGCCGUGCUCCCCUGUGAGAGCCUGGAGGUAGACAGGGAGAGACAGGUGACUCCAGAAUGAACCUCUUCUGCUUCACUCUGGACGGCUCUACAGACAGUCUGUAUGAGUUGCCCCAGAGGAGUCCUGUUGGUCCGGAGUUGAGUCCAGUGCCCAGGAGGAGACCCUGCAGCCCCAGGUGUCUAGUGGACAGUGGCAAGUGGGGCGGAUCAGAACCGUGCAUAGCCUUGAAUCGUCCACAAACACCCAGAGCGCAGCUCACCAAGGCCGACUCAAAGAAAGCAAAGAGAAAAUGCCAAAAUCUCCUGCAGCACCACCCCGUCCAGCUCCUAUCACAGCUAUCAGUGGCAACGUCUGACGAUGAAAACACAGUGUCCAGUAAUGCUUACUGGCCGUGCUCCAGAAAGACAGAUGAGUCAGUUCACAGCAAGAACCAUCAAAGUGAAGGUGUGGCUGAAGAUGCCUACAUCACAAAGUCUUUGGGUCAAGAAGAGGAAAUGGAGAUGAAGCCAGAAACAAGAGACAGAGAGCACCCUCUUCAGGGCGUCAAUUUCGAGGCCUGGAAUCCGAACAGAGAGAUCUGCGAGAGCAAACGGCACGAAACAGGUGGCGAGGGUGAGAGCGAGCUGGAGACAGAGGGAACUCUGAAGAAGAUCCAGAAGCUGGUCCGGGUAAAAAAGAACAGCAAGGACUGCUCAGAGGAGAGCAGGAAAACACCAGACUCAAGUGGCCACUCAACACAGACACAUUCUAAAGAAGGUAGCCCGGUCAUCACCUGCAUAGGACUGUCCAAAAGGCCUGAGAAGAAGCAUGGGAAAGAGCUCCUCCAGCAGCAGCAUCAGCAGCCCGAGCCAGCAAAAGAAAUGGACAUAAUGGAGUUGGAGGGUCCCUGGAGCCCGGGGCCUUUCCAGCACUGGACUAGUAUGGACUGUUCUCCAGCAUGGGAAUUAUCUCAUCAUACCUGCCAUAGACCUACAGCUGAUCAGCACUUUUAUUCCUUCGACUUCCAUCUGGCCUGCGGGGCUGAGUGGGACAGGUUUGAGGAGAUGUUCCACGGCCUGGACCACCUGAGGAGGGACCACUCACCUGACCUGGAAAUAACCGACCCCACACGUUCCUCCAGCUUUGGAAGGUUCGACACAUCUAAACACUCUCCCCAAACCAAGGCUGAAGAACAUGAAGGAACCCUGGGCACGGAUGGAGAGUCACCCGAGGGAGAGCACAGUAAAGGAGGGAUCGGGAAGAAGAUGAAGGCCAUCUCCAUGACCAUGCGCAAGAAGAUGGGCAGAAAGUAUGUGAAGGCUCUGUCAGAGGAAGUGGGAGAAGACCUGGACAGAGACCAUGAAGGAGAGACCCCCGGGAGCAAUGCUUUGGGCAAAGACUGCAGGAGGUCCAGUAAUUCAGUGGAAAGCCUCUACAGUCUUCACAGUGGGCAGAGCACCUCCAGUGGGGUCACCAGUGGUUCUGAUGGCUCCAGUAACAGAGACAGUCUGAGGCUGGAAGAAGAGCUCCCAUACACCGGGCAGUUCUGUGGCCGAGCAAAAGUCCACACUGACUUCGUCCCGAGCCCAUACGACGCAGAGUCCCUCAAACUUAAGGCUGGAGAUAUGAUUGACAUCAUCAGUAAGUCCCCUAAUGGAAUAUGGACGGGUAUGCUGAAUAACAAAGUGGGAAACUUCAAGUUUAUCUAUGUAGACGUCCUGGCAGAGGAACCUGCACCCAUCCAGAGGAUGCGACCCAACAGAAAGAGCAGGAGGCCGAGACCCAAAACCCUACAGGAGCUCCUCGAGAGACUCAACCUAGAGGAGCAUGUUUCCUCCUUACUGCUGAACGGUUACCAGACAGUGGAAGAUCUGAAGGACCUGAAGGAGCAGCACCUGAUUGAGCUGAAUGUGACUGAUCCUGAGCACAGGCAAAGACUGCUGGCAGCUACUGAGUGUCUACAGGAUGCAGAAUUGAGUAAUCAGAAGGACGGUGAAGGCGAGGACGAGCCCAAAUCUCCCACUGAUCCAGUCAAAGUGGAGCAGAGCGACUGUCCCAGAGACUCGGGCUGCUACAUCGCUUCGGACUGCUCCGACAACAGCAAAGAGGACACAGAUAACCAUCUGCCAUCUCUCGACCCACCGGCAGCCCAAGUGUAACCACACUCAGUUUCAGUCCUGCAUACCAUUCAAACCACCCACUCUGCACGUCCGGCCACUGCCCUAAAACACAGGCUUCUGGGUCACGCCUGUGCAAGGCAGGGUGCUAUCUGUGUCGUUCUGACUGCAUCUGAAGCCUUUGUUCCCCUUUUAAGCUGUGCUUACAUUCCUGGAUUAAGACUCUGGUACAACUAUCAUAUAUAUUUACAUCUGUAUGGGAUAUACAGCUCUGGAAAUACAAAAAAAAGAGACCACUUAAAAAUGAUGAGUUUCUUUGAUUAUAUCAAAUUGAAAACCUCUGGAAUGUAAUCAAGAGGAAGAUGGAUGAUCACAAGCCAUCAAACCAAGCUGAACUACUUGACGUUUUGCACCAGGAGUAAAGGCAUAAAGUUAUCCAAAAGCAGUGUGUAAGACUGGUGGAGGAGAACAUGCCAAGAUGCAUGAAAACUGUGAUUAAAAACCAGGAUUAUUCCACCAAAUAUUGAUCUCUGAACUCUUAUACUUCUGACCUUGUUUUCUUUGCGUUAUUUGAGGCGUUAUUUCAGCCAUUUCUCAUUUUCUGCAAAUAAAUGCUUUAAAUGAUAAUAUUUGCAUUUGAAAUUUGGGAGAAAGGUUGUCCAUAGUUUAUAGAUUCAGAAACUGAAGUGGUCUCUUAAUUUUUUUCUAGAGCAGUAUGUACAGGAUAUCUUCUGGUUAUCUAAGUAAGUAAAUGCCCAUGUAAAAGAACAAUGGUUUGGCAGACGGUGAUCCAGGACAGACACAGGGAUGAGGGUAUCGAGAACUUCCAUUCAUAUUUCAGCCAGUGGGAGGUCUCCUCAAUAAUAACAUCUCUGCUUACAAUCUGAUAUGGCGGACAUAUUGGAUUGAUCUAUGGUUUUUAAAUGAGAAGACUUUACUGCCUUAAAGUCUUGUCGGAAAUAUCAUAUUUAUAAGAUUAAUACAAAUUCACCCACAAACUCUUACUGUCCCUUUCUGUUAAUCCCAGCUUUAUAACUUGGGGGCAUGUCAAGAAAAUGCUGAUUUAAUAGCACCUGCAGCCUGUUUUUUAAUGUUUCAUUCUCAUGCACACAUAAAAAAAAUUAUAUGAUCAGGAGAUCACUGGUUCGAUUCCUGUUCAUGUAGUUUGCUAUCAUCUACUGGGGCCCUGAGAGAGCACAGUUGGCCUUGCUCCCUCCAGGUGGGUAAAUGGCGCUCUCUCCCCACAUCACUAAAAGGGUGAUGUCGAUCAGCACAAGGCAUCUGUGAGCUGAUGUAUCAGAACCGAGUCACUGCGCUUUCCUCCGAGCGAUAGCGCUGUGAUGCUACUCGGCAAUACUACAUCAGCAGGAGUUCGAAAAGAGACGGAGUUUGACUUCAUAUGUAUCAGAGGAAGCAUGUGUUAGUCUUCACCCUCCUGGUGUGUUGGGGCAUCACUAGUGAUAGUGAUAUGUGGCAUCCUAGUGAGUGGGUUGGGUAAUUGGCUGUGUAAAUUGGGGAGAAAAUGGGCAAAAAAAAAAUAGAAAGGCCAUGAGGAAUUGGGCCAAAUGUUGUUUAUACCCAAAAACAUGAACAUUGACAAAAGCAGUGUGGGCUGAUUCCUAUAUUUUACUUGGCAACCAGGGUGUUGGCACAUCAAGCACCUGCCCAUUUGGGGCCUGAGCGUUUGGGCCAGACUCAAUCCUAAAUUGAAACCAGAGCUGGUCCAAUGAAACUCAGAUAUGGCAGACUUAAGAGCACCUAAUAGAGAUAAAAAUAGAGCUUAUCGAUGCAGCAUUUUAAUCAGGUGUUGCCAAUUAAACAAAAACAAUUUCAUCCGUUUCUGUUUGGGAUACAUAUGGCUAAUGUGAAAGAGAAAUUACUAAACAUUUAAUUAAACAUGAGAAAAAAUACAGUUUAAAUGUUUAAACAAAGUUCACUACUGUUUUCCUGGUGAAAUGCUCUACCAGCUUGAUGUGUCAAACACCCACUUUACCAUUUAAAUACAAGAAUGUGGUAACAUUUCAUAACAGUUUCAGCCACAGCGUGCAUCUAUAAUUGGAUCACUAUCUGCCAAACCAUUUUCGUUUUUUUUUUUUAUGUGGGUGUUUUCUUACAUUUCAGGACAUGCUAUAUAUUCUGUAUAAAUAGGCCAUAAAAAUGGGAACUUAAGUAUUACUGAAGUAUUAUUGUAAAUAUACUGUAAAUAUAAUAUGUGAAAGAGAUAUAUAAUGUUUAAACCUUGCUUAAUAGAUGAAAGAGCCAGUGAAAGAUCUGCUGAAUGAACCUGUAUAAUAUUUUCUUCAAUAAAAGAGUAAAAUACA